AUGUCGGUUAAUAUCAACUGGAACUCUCUUGAACAAGAAUCCUUGCUCUGUUGGAGCAGGGAUCUUUUGAAUGAUGCUCUCAACUCUGGCAAGAAACCUAGUAUAUUGGCCUCCGAUAUUGAGAUACAGGACUUACAUUUUGGUAAUAACGCGCCAAUUGUAGAAAUCCUCGAAAUUGGCGAUUUGGAUACCGAUAAGUUCAGGGGGAUCUUUAAAAUUAAGUACGCGGGGGAUUCAUAUAUUAAUUUGGCAACAAAGAUCCAGGCCAACCCGAUGAACAUUUUUCAUAAUAAUCUGUUGGCGAAAUACUCGGAUUUUAUCCUCCCUGAAUUGGGAAUGGUGAAUCAGAAGUUUGAAAUCCCUAUCAAUUUAAAGCUAUCAAAAAUAAUGUUAUCAGGUAUAAUUAUUAUUGUGUUUAAUAAAUCAAAAGGUUUGACUUUGGUGUUCAAAAACGAUCCUCUUGAGAAUAUCGACGUCUCUUCAACUUUUGAUGCAAUUCCUGCGGUUAGAAAAUUCCUCCAAAUUCAAAUUGAAAACCAGAUUAGGGAUUUGUUUAGAGAAAUUUUACCAAAUGUUUUGUACAAAGUUUCUCAACGAUGGACCAAUAAUAUACAUUCUCAGUUAUUAAAUGGGGGCUCUAAUAAGGUUAACAAGGAGAAUGAUAAGAAAGUGGUAUUAUUUAGUGACAUUAAUCCAGAUGGCCCAGAUCUAUCACCAGGAAAUUUACUCAGGUUGUCGACAUUAAGCGGUUCUCGACAAUCUUUAUCGCUUGGAAUUCCAAAAAUCAAAGAUUUCAUUCAGCGGUCAACCAUUGAGAAAUUUAUUAACGUGCACAAUAGAAUCAAAAACCAGAACUCGUUCUUCUUAUUCAAUAACCACAAAUAUGCCAACGGGCUUCCAAUUGAAUUAUUCGCAGCAAGUAAUGGUGAUAUGACUCAUGACUAUUCUUCCAUUGAAAAAGCUAUUGUUGAUGUCAGCAAAUACCAACUGAUCAAUUACAACAAUAAAAACCAGACAAACAAUAAGCACGUGAAGAAGCCGAGGAGAAGAGUUAUUAAGCUCGGUGGUCCUAAGAAAAAGGCUGGAGUGUCAUCACAACCAAAGGCAGAUGAUGAUGAUGCUUCUAGUGACAUUACUGCUGUAUCAUUCAAUAAGACAGGUUUGCGUAGCGACGUGGCGCACACUGAUAAUGAUGAGGGAGAUAGUGCUACUCUCGUUGACGAUAUUGAAGAUUUGGAUAACCCAGAAUGUUCCGCCAAUAGUUCAGACUCCUACAUCACUGGCCAUAAGUUGAGAGAAAAGAGGGCUUUGAGCUCAUCAUCCGCUAGUGUGGAGUAUCUAAGAUCUCUCUACGCCGAACAGCAAAAAUCACAAAAGGCCAAUGAAAUCAAGAAAGCUAUUGAUAACUCUAUGAAGAAUAAUGAUGAAAGCAACAAAAACUUCAAACAAGAGGUUAAGAGGCCAUAUAUCAUCACUCAAAUUUCUACUGAUAAUUCUAACAAGGAUAAUAUCAGAAGUCCAUUGAAUGAUAAGUCCAUGUUGAGCUUAUCCUUAGGAUUGAAUAAUAGGGUCAUCAAUAGAUCCGAAGGGAAGAAAGGGAUCAUUUCUAAUGCAGUUAAAAGCAAGAAAGAAGGAGCGCAUGCCACAAAAACUCCGGUUAAGCAUAAAGAUAAAAACAAGCCAGAAACAGUUACUAUUAAAUUGAAGUUGAAUGACAAAAUCAGGAAUGAGAAAGCCAGGGAUAAAAACUCAAGCAACAACUCUGAAUAUGCCACAUCGAAAUAUUAUAAAAAAUUAUCCAAUUUCAAUAAUAUUCCUUCAUCCGAUGAAGGCUUGGUUGGAAACAGAAAAACUGGAGCAAUUGAUUUUUUUACUUCUAAUCCUGUGCUUUCUGACAUUCCACCUCCUUAUGCUCCAUAG